AUGAAGCCGAUAGUUGCGGUUCCGGCGACGCUAUUACUCGUCUACCGCGCCUGGUCCAGAAAGUCUUUGACUCCACUGGGAAUCAUUUUUGCUACGCUCACAGCCAUUGUACACUCAUUUCAUCCUUCACCGGCGCCGUUCGCAUUCUUGGGGGUUUUCUAUCUGGGCGGGACGUCCAUGACAAAGGUUGGGGCUGGUUUCCAAACAUGUAGCUCUCCGUCUCCGCUUGCAGGCAGAGAGUCGCUAACCAUAAAACACGAUGUGAAAGCGAAAUUGACAGUUUCGGCUUCCGGAUCUGCCGGCGGCGAAGGCCCCAGAACACACAUACAGGUCCUGGCGAACUCGGUGGUCGCCUCGAUUCUAAUUCUAUUGCACACUUACCAGCUCUACCAGAAUAGAGGGCACGGCCCCCAGUGCUUUGCUUACGGGGGAGAUCUCUUGAUGGUGGGGAUUGUUGCGAACUACGCCGCCGUGGCCGCAGAUACCUACUCGAGUGAACUCGGCAUCCUCUCCAAGUCUCCGCCGCGACUGAUAACUUCUCUCACGCUCCGCAAAGUACCUCGCGGAACAAAUGGUGGCGUCACACUAGUUGGCCUUGGUGCUGGGGCUCUAGGAGCUUUCACAAUUGCUAUAACCUCCUUGUUAUUGCUCCCCUUUUGCCCUUCGGGCUCUCUGCCGGAAUUUACAAAAACCGGCUUCGAUGGUGGUCGCGCGUGGGGUCCAAGGGAAAAGAUAGCUUGGGUGGUCGCUGUGACUGUUUGGGGAACGCUAGGCAGUGUACUGGAUAGCGUUCUGGGUGGCCUCUUGCAAGCCACGGUUGUCGACAAACGGUCGGGCAAGGUGGUGGAGGGAGAGGGCGGAAGCAAAGUCCUUGUUCAUCCUGGAGCCGUGAUUCCCACGGGACUCAACGACACACCUAUUCGACAAGGCAGUCAAUUACGAAUAACUGAAGAUAUCGUCAAUGCGGUUACGCCCCGACGGCUGAGGCAUGAAAUGAAAGUAUCGGACCAAUCUAUCGGUGAUCCGGCCGAUGUCGAGCACGAAAGUAGGAAGAUUGAAACAGGACAUGAUAUUCUAGAUAACAACGCUAUUAACGUGCUAAUGGCAGCAACCAUGAGCGUGGGGGCAAUGGCUGUCGCCGGCUAUGUAUGGGGUGUACCUUUUCAGAGCAUGCUGCGUUGA